AACUAUCUGCUGGUGGAAGCAAAACUAGCUGACUGACAAUAUUUUGCAGCCAGAAGAGAAGAGAAAUGCCCACUUCUUCAAUGUCGUUCCCAAUUUUCUCAGGUUCUCGUGUAAUUUCUCACAUUUCCUUAUCGACCCAUUUAUCUUCAAACCCUGUUUUCUUCAAUUCAUUCUUUGGUGCCAAAAGUUUGUGUUGUAAAAGAUUGAGUUACAACCCGAAGUCUCUCCUUAAAAUUUCGAUGAGUAUGGAGAAGCAACCGAGAUCGUUAGAUGGGUACGAGCAAAACAUGGAGGGGAAUAGUGGGGUGCUCGAAGUGAUUGCCAUUGGUAGUAGGAAAGAUUCUCUGCUCGAAUUUUGCUUGGACUCGCCUUUUCAGUCGUCUUCUUUGAGAUUUUGGACUGUUCUCAUGAAAGAUGCAUCAAAUGUGCAGUUACAACAAAGGGUUUUAGGAAAAGAUCUUACACCAAGGAUUGUGGAAGCUGAUAUUUUCAUGCAGUCUUGUGCAAAAACUAUUAUCCUUGUGGCUGGUGCUGGGUAUGGCUCAGAUCACAUUGCAGCAGUGGACAUUCUUAAAGCAAUAAGAUCUUCAAAUGGAUUUUCUGUUGUUAUUAUUUUAAAACCUUUCACCUUUGAGGGGCAAAGACGACUUGAUGAGGUCAAUGAUUUGGUGGGAAAACUUCAAGAGCUGAUAAGCUUUUGUAUAGAAAUUGACACCGACUCCUUGCUCAAAAAUGAAUUGGUAACUCUAGAUGAGGCUUUGAGAACUGCCAAUAAUGCUGUUAUACUUGCCAUAAAUGCCAUAUCAAUUGUCAUAAGUGAGAUGCAAAGAAAGUUUAUUGAUGCAGUUCAUGAUAAUAUGAAAGAACUUGGAGUUUCAGAAGUUAUAAAUAUUCUUGGGAAGUACAAAAAUGCAAAACUUGGAUUUGGAGCUGGUUACAACAUCAGAACUUCAAUUUCGCAAGCUAUGCAUGACUGCCCUUUUAUUGGUGCAGGGGUAAAGGACCUCGAUGGCAUAGUUAUAUGUGUUGUUGCAAGUUCUAAUGUUAUCAGCAAUGAUGAUUUGCAAGCCUUUUUGCGUACAUUCCGUCAAACUACAGAGUACACAAAGGACAUUAUUAUAUCUGUAGUUCAUGAUCCUAAGCUGGAGCCCAACCUUCUAGUCACAACAGUUGUUAUCUUGGGUCAUCUUGAAGAACAAACUUUAAAGAAAAGCGGCUUCUUCAAUAGACUGGCACAACGUUUCCCAUUUGUUUUUAAUCUAUUGAGGAGAGAUCCUUCACAGUCAAAUGAUACUUUCAAAAAAGAUGUCAAGGCGAUAAAUAGGACAAAUUCCAAUGAAAUGGGAAACAAAGUAGCUUUACAAGGCAUAUUUGGAGGUUUCGGUGAUGAUGCUAGUGAAAUUGAGGAUGUACCGAACAGAAAAUCCAGUGAUAUCUACUCUUUUAGAAAUUAUGACAGUGGAUCUGAUCAAAACGAGGUUGCGUUAUUAGAUGGAAAAACUGACUUUUCCAGCUAUUACGAGGAAAAUUCGGAAGGUAUUCCUACUUUCCGUCGGGAAUCACUGAAUCACUGGAACUUGGGUCCCGGGAAUGAGCUUGCGAAGGAGUGGGCCAAAGAAAGAGCAGCUGACUCAGAAGCUACACCAGUGCUUGAUAAUCUCAGCAUCUUCUGCCUUCCAGUUGGAGUAAGGUCUUCAGAAGAACUGAAAGAGGGUGUUAAUACAUUGAAUGCCAAGGAAUUUUCAGAAUCUAAAUCUGAAAAUGGUGUCAAAGUCCCAGCACUUCCCAGUUCCAGUAGGCCUUGGGGUACAUUGACCGAUGCAAGUUUUGAAGUGAUGAAGGAAAUUUAUAACAACGGAUCUACAGUAUUAAAGGGAAAGACUGGUGUUCCUAAGAAGCAAGGAGUACUUUCUGCUCGUGCGGCUUCUAUGCUGGAAGCCGAACGAGACUCGCCGAAAAAGUGGAGUCCUAUUGUGGAGAUGCAUUAUAGAGGCGGAGUCUACAGGGGACGAUGCCAAGGGGGUCUUCCUGAAGGAAAGGGUCGUCUUGUUCUUGGCGAUGGAAACAUUUAUGAUGGUAUGUGGCGCUAUGGUAAGAGGUCAGGUGUGGGAACAUACUAUUCCAGUAACGGAGAUGUUUUCCAGGGAUCUUGGAGGGAUGAUUUGAUGCAUGGCAAGGGCUGGUUUUAUUUUCACACUGGAGAUCGAUGGUUUGCAAACUUUUGGAAGGGAAAGGCCAAUGGCGAAGGUCGCUUCUAUUCAAAAUCUGGUGAUGUCUUCUUUGGCCAUUUUGAAGACGGUUGGCGACAUGGCCACUUUCUCUGUAUAACCGUUGAUGGAGCAAGGUGCAUCGAGAUCUGGAAUGAAGGUGUUCUCAUCGACCGGCAGCAACUGGAUGUCGAUGCUGUUCUCUGAUAAAAUCUCGUCAUAUGGUUCUUGUGAUAUAUAUAGCCCGUGUUUUUCACUCGUUCAGAAGGUAUUUUUGUAUAGCCUAUUCAGCCUAUGUACAAUAUUUCUUCAUAGCACACAUUGGGAAUCCUUAUAAUAAAGUGUUUCUUGUGUUGUUCAGUUAUCCAUUUGUAAGAUUACAUUUCCUCUGAUGGAAGCUGAUUAGAGUUAGAACAGAUAUGUGAACAA